AUGAAGAUCUCUCGAGUCAUCUUUUUGUGUGUUGGCGCUUGUCUGGCUGCAGACUCGCUGCAUUUGGUACAGCAUAUCUCCAAACGUUUCGCCCUUGCCGAUCCUGCGGGGUUGGCUAAGAGAAUCGAUUCUACAGAGAUUAACAGAGCUAUUGAUAUGAAGUUCUAUGGCAAGGCUAUUGAGUGAGUUACUACAUUUUUUACCCCUAUGUUUUCAUUAUGUUAAUGAGGAACUGACGAUUACUAUUUUCAGCAACGCCGAAGUCACUUUGACUCUCAAUGCCACCGCAAAAGGAUGAAUCCACAUCUCUGGCGGUUGCGCAAACAACGCUGAUUGUGGUUUGCUGGACUUGACUGCGAGUGACGACUUUACAUCUCUAGCCGAACCGGAAGAUCUCGAUGGUGUAUGGAUUGGGGUUGCUUUUGAUGGCCUUGUUCUUCAUGCGGAUUUUGAAAUGGAUUUCCAUCCUACUGAGCUGACUCAUGAGAUUGUUCAAAAGAUUGGGGGUGUUUCUUUUGAAUUUGGUGUAAGGCUUCUUUUGUUAUAUGGGGAUGAGUUGAUGUAUGGGCCUGCUGAUAUGAUUACACUAGAUUCCUGGUCUCAUAAAAGCCGAGGUAAACUUUACACUUCUAUUCCAUGGCUGGAUGAACGACACGAAAAGCGCGAAUUUCACGUAUGGGUUUGACGUUCAUGUCAGUAUAAUAUCUGCUAUUCAACAUAAGUAAGGCUGACAUACGUCAGGUCCCAGACAGCUACGCUUUUAUCUUCCCGGUCCAAGACUUACUAAAAACCGAUGGGAUCGGCUUGUAAGUCACAUUCCAGGCCUCAUCAUAUGCUUCUCAACUAAAUGUGCUUCAGUGAAAACUCUAUAAUUAUCCCAGGAAAUCUCACACCCACUACUCCCGAUCUAGCCUUCGCCUUCCAAUCCGCUUUCCGACCACAAAUCUCCUACCACGCCGAGGCCGAAUUCCUCGACGAACAAUAUGAUGCGAGUAUUUUCGCAGAUAUACCGGCUUUGAAUAUGAGAGUAUCACAAGUCCACAACGUUAACGCAAAGUGUGAACCCGCCCCUGUUGGUGCACCAGAUACAGAUGUGUUUGCAGACUUGACAUAUAUCACCCCGAGUGUCGGGUUCGAUCUGGAAGUUGAUGAUAAUCAUAGCUUGUCCGUUCUGGCGAAUUCUACAGUGCCACUUCCUACGAGCUGUUUGGAGUUUUUUGCUAAGCAGACUCGGUUGGCUGUUCCGUUGAAAAGUGGAGAGAAGAAGAAUGGUGGUAGUGUGCUGGGUGCUUCUUCUAUUUCUCGAUUGUUUAGUGUUGGACUUUUGAUGGUUCUCACCUUUUAUGAGUAA